AUGAAUCACGGUGGUACUCAGGAUAUGUAUUACCCUUCACAUAUGUCAACUGGCCAACCGCCACCACCACAAACAGUCACAUCAGGAGGUAUGGGUCAUUACCCCCAGCAUCAACAACAACCCCCAUUACUGCAACCGGGCCCAGCACAAUACCCACCUACCCCUGCUCAAUACGGUCAAUACAACUACACAAACGGAUUGACAUCACCUCAAUCGACGGGCCAUCAAGUUCCCGGUUCAAUAGGCCAGCAAAAUGUAUUGCCUUUGCCAGCCAUGUCAGCGGGUCAACCAAUGCCUGGUCAAGGUUAUGGGGCGCAACAAGGAUUCGACACGACUGGUCAAGUAGCUCCUCCUGGGAUGAAGCCCAGGGUUACUGCGACCCUAUGGGAAGAUGAAGGCAGCUUGUGUUUUCAAGUCGAAGCAAAGGGAGUUUGUGUUGCUCGAAGAGAGGACAAUCACAUGAUUAAUGGCACAAAGCUUUUGAAUGUGGCAGGAAUGACCCGAGGGCGAAGAGACGGCAUUCUCAAGAGUGAAAAAAUGAGACAUGUGGUCAAAAUUGGGCCCAUGCACCUGAAAGGCGUUUGGAUUCCCUUCGAGCGCGCACUGGACUUUGCGAACAAGGAGAAGAUCACAGAAUUGUUGUACCCUCUUUUUGUUCAUAAUAUCGGUGCGCUUCUGUAUCAUCCGACCAACCAGACGCGGACAAAUGCCGUGAUGGCAGCUGCAGAGCGGAGAAAACAAGAGCAAAACCAAAUGCGGAAUACGCAGGCACCUGGACUGCCGUCUCUGCAUCAGCAUCACCAUCAUUCGAUGAACAACUCAAUUGGUGGUCACCUCCCCGGACCCCAGCAUUCUCUCGCCCCUCACCCGAGCGUUGGGCGCCCGAGCAUCGACCGAGCGCACACUUUUCCGACUCCCCCAACCAGCGCAUCUAGUGUGAUGGGCAACAUGGGCAGCUCCGAUGGAAGCUUUCAGUGGGGACCGCAAGGAGGAAUGGGAAGCGUUCAAGGUACAAAUCCCCUGUCUAUCGACACGGGUUUAAGCAACGCACGCUCAAUGCCUACCACUCCAGCGACGACCCCUCCGGGGACCCAAAUCCAAAGCAUGCAGCAGUAUCAACAGGGUACGCAGCAGCCCUACGAUGCAUCACGGCAAAUGUAUUCUGCACCCCCUUCUCAACAAAACGCUUAUCCUCAAUCGGCGCCAGACCCGAACAUGGCACGCUACCAGCCGAAUUCGUACAUCAAGAACGAAAUGGGCCCGCCCUCAGCGAGAGCACCAGGCGCUGAAGCCGAGCACCACGAUUCGAAAGAUUCAAAUGGUAUGCUCCACCAUAGUCAAGGACAAAGUCAAGUUGGUCAUGGUCAUGAAGAUGAAGCAGAUCACGAGCAUGAGGCGGAGUACACUCAUGGGAAUCCUGCAAGUUAUGAUGCCAAUCGUGGAUCAUACAGCUACACCAACGGGCCAGCAGUUGGAUCCUUGCCGGGAGAGCAUCCCCACUUGUCUCCAGAAAUGACCGGUUCUCCAAACCACCCAGCAUCCGGACGUGCUACCCCACGCACGGCCUCUGCCCCUCAACCGUAUUACGCCCAACAAGGCGGAUAUAGCACGCCUCCGCGGGUCCAGCCACCCUCCAGUAAUCUGUAUAAUGUAAUGAGCAGUGAGCGUGGAACCGCGAAUGGCAACGCUGGGGGUGAUGUCUAUGCUUCGCAGUCGGAUCUGGGAAACUCGAUACCCAACGGAUAUGCGUCUCAGCCAGUCAUGAACGGGGCAAGCAACAAGCGUGGCCGUGAUGACGAUGAUGAUGCUCGACCAUCCAGCAGAGGCCCGGGAGGUGAUAUUGAUUUGAAACGGCGGAAGACGGGACGUGAAGGAUCUGUGUCAGGCCCCCAAACAUACGAGGCUGCUCCUCUGAAUCGAAAUCGAGCGAGCAUCACCCAACGACGCCGAUAG